AAUGUCACAUUUGAACUCCGCCUCAAUGUUCGCCCUAUCGGAAGUCGUCUUCUCUCUCGCUAAAGCCAACAAAAGUGGUUUGGUCUUGCCAGUGUUUACCACUUCAAGUAGGUUACAAAGACUCAACAAUCCCAAUGCAGGUUGAACUCUACAAAAUGGUGUUUUUAUUAGCAGUUUUCGCUCUUUACUGUUGUAGUUUGCACGUGAAAGCCUGCAACGAAACAUUGACUUACCCUUCAGGAGUCAUAACAAGCCCCAACUAUCCAGCUUUUUAUAACGACAGCAUUUAUUGUACUUACGAACUCUACAGCCCAUUUGGAUACAUCAUUAAUCUAAGAGUUGAAGAAGUUGAAUUUGAAUGUUGUGCUGUCAUAAGCGAUUGUGACUAUCUAGAGAUCUAUAAUGGAUCUGAAACAACUCAAUAUGUAGACAGGUUUUGCUCAAACGGUGUGCGCACGUACAGCAGUCAGCAAUUUUUUUUAGUCUUCAGAACAGACCUACAAGGCGGAGAUAUAGGUUUUAAGAUGCUAUACAGCUGGCUGAGUAGGUAACCUAUGUAUAUACUUGUCUUAUUCGAGUGUUUGUGAAUUAUGUUUCUCCUCAUUAAGGAGCUGAUACAGUUUAAAAUAUAUCUCUUUUAAAUGAAGAGCAAUAGAGAAUGACUUAUUCUAUCCGUACUCAUGCAGAACAAUAGGGAAUAUAGAGCAAUGGGGAUAGAGUAAUGGGGAUAGAGCAAUGGGGAUAGAGCAAUGGGGAUAGAGCUAUUGGGAUAGAGCUAUGGGGAUAGAGCUAUGGAGAGCGAUGGGUUUAAGGUUAUGGGGAUAUAGCUAUGGGGAUAAGGC